AUGGACCCACAGAGUAGUGAUAAAGCCACCAAGGAGCCGCCCCGAGACCCAAGCGUCAGGAUCGUGGACACAGUCCCUGAAUUUGUGCUUACAAAACAAAAACUGGGUUUCCCCAGCCUGGUAGCCCUGAGCUUCAACAUCUGCAACAGCUGGGCCGGGGUUUCCUCAAGCAUGCAAAUUGCCCUGCUCCAGGGCGGUCCUUUUGCGCUCUUAUAUGGCUUCUUCGUCACGACCAGCCUAUAUCUCUGCAUCGCUUUGUCGGCAGCAGAGCUCAUCAGUGUCUAUCCUACUCCCAGUGGUCAAUACCACUUUGCAUCCAUCCUCGCACCGAGGAAAUUUACAAAGAGCAUAUCAUAUGUCUGCGGCUUCAUAUCAGUGAUCAACUGGGAAAUUAUUGGAGCAGCAGUUACUAUAAUUCCUUGUAUGCAGAUAUUAGCACUUUGGCAGUAUUACCAUCCUUCUUUUCAAGCAAAGCCAUGGCACCAGUUUGUCAUCUACGAAGCCUUCGGGUUUUUUGUUUCUCUGUAUAACAAUUUGAUCCUCCCUAAAGCUCUCUGGACGCACAAUCUUGGUUUCAUUCUCAACCUAACUAUGUUUGUAGUUGUCACUGUCCUGCUCAUUGUUCGGCCUUUCAAUAAAGCACCAGAUGUGUUUGUAUGGAACACUUUUAUCAACCUCACCGGCUGGUCUGAUGGCGUAUGCUUCUUGACAAGUCUUGUUACUACUUGCUUCGGAUUCACUGGCCUUGAUGCUUGCCUACAUUUGACAGAAGAUGUUAGCUCACCGAAGAGGGUGGUCCCAAGGUCAAUCGUCCUCACCGUGGUCAUUGGAUUUAUCACUACACUGCCCUACAUCGUCGUCUUGCUCUAUGGUAUCGUCGAUAUGAACGCAACAUUGGCAAUCCAAGGCUACCUUCCUUUCGAGAUGUACAAGAUGAUAUGGAGAUCAGACGCAGCCGCUAUCGCCAUCAUCGUCUCCAACGUCUUCUCGUAUGACCUGGGCGUUCGCUUGUGA